AUGGUCCCCAGCAUCUCUAACUGUCACUACCAUGAAUUUCCCAAAGACAUUUCUUUCUCUGGAUCUGGAUUUCUGUCCACCUACCAGCUGGGUGUUGCCCUCUGCUUUUUCAAGUAUGCACCCUGGAUAUUGCGCUCAGCACCCUGCAUCCUCGGUUCAUCUGCUGGAUCUCUAAUCGCAGCUGCUGUGGUCUGUGAAAUGAACCUCACUACCAUACGGGAUGAGCUACUUCUUUUUGCCAAAAAAGUGAUGGGUUUCAGACUUGGACCAUUUCACCCCGCGAUCGAUGUUUUUGAGUGGUUAAAGUUUGUUUUACAUAAAUAUCUUCCUGCUGACGCACACUGUGUGGCUAAUGGUCGCCUUGGUGUUGCAAUGACCCGCCUAUCUGAUGGGAAACACUUCAUUAUGUCUGAGUUCCAGUCCAAAGAAGAUGUAAUACAGGCCCUGCUGUGUAGCUGCUUUGUUCCUGGACACAGCGGUUUUCGUCCUCCAACCUUCAAGGGAGUACAUUACAUAGAUGGUGGUUUGAGCGGCAUGCAGCCAAGAUUGCCCGAUGGAGCCGGUCGCACAUUGACCGUGUGCCCAUUCUCAGGAGAUGCUGACAUCUGCCCCUAUGACCCACCUUGCGUAAUAGAAAUGGUAUUCAGUGGGGUCAAUCUCAAGUUAAACAUUGCAAACAGCUUCAGGAUCCUCAAUGGCCUUUACCCUGUGGCUUUGGCGACUCUUGAGCAAGCCUUCCACAGUGGCUACAAAGAUGCUAAUUUUUUCCUUCUUAGUAAUGAUCUGGUCCCAUCUGUGGUAACUUACAAGUUGCCCCAAAGCUCAUUAUGCAGUGACCAAACUAAUGUGCCCAUGCAACUGGAGAACACAAAAGUAGAAGACGAG